AUGUCUCUCGUUCAGCACGUCCUCUCCGCGGCCCCUCAUCAUGCUCGGCUUCUGGCGUCCAUUGCAGAGACGGAUUACGCAAACCCAGCUUUGGAGCAGCAGACAGGCUAUAUAGAAGAUCUGCAGUCAGAGUUGGCUAAAUGCGAGAAAGCGAUUACCUGGCUAGAGCAGAAGACGAAGAAAGAGCGCGUGGAACACGAACAUAUGCGUGACUCCAAUGUGAGGAAGCUUGCUCACAAGAUCGUCGGUCAAGGGGAGAAGUUCAAGGCCAAGGCGAGCAAGGAGGAAAGAGAGUACCUGGAGGCUUUGCAACGGGAGAUCGAAGAGAAGCAACGAAGAGAUAAAUUGAAGUCCGACUUGGCUGAGGCAGACCGUAUCAAAUCGCAGCUAAUCGAGGUCGCAAGGAGGAAUGAGCUCGAUCAAGCGGAGCUCAAGCAACUAUACGAAUCCAUCUUCCAGGGACCAACCCCAGAUGCGCCGGAGGAAGAUGUCCUGGAACGCCGGGUGGCGGCAGCGCAGGAUGAAUACGCGCGGGCCCAGAGUAUCCUGAAUACAGAGGCACAGGCGGCAGGUAUAUUAUCUGACGCCGAGCAAGCAAUGCGAGGUUGUCUGGCGAACAUGAGCGAAGCUUUGAGCAGUAGCCAGGCUGAUAUAUGGGGGUUCGGUGGCCCCAGGAUGGCGGAUGUCAUGGAGCGGUCUUCUUUGAAUAUGGCGCAAAACCAAGCUAGGCAAGUUGAGAUGAUGGUUAAUCAAGCCCGACGAAUCCAGCCUGUUAUCAAGCCAAUCGGACGGCUUGAAGUAGCCCAAGGGGGUCUCAUGGACGUUUAUUUCGACAACAUUUUCAGCGACCUGGCAUUUCAUGAUAAGAUCCAGGAUUCCACCAGGAGUCUCCGCCAGAGCCAUGAACAGCUCCAAUACGAACUCCAAGUCGCAAGCGCUCGUGCCGAGUCUGCUGGCCAAGCAGCCAUAGGUGCUUCCACUCGCCUGAACGGACUGCGCUCAGAACUGGAUGCGUACCGACGGCAAACUUUUCAAAGCAUCUUGGCAACCGGGGGUGCAUCGCCUCCCACGUACGCCCCACCACAGGGUCCCCCUCCACCUGCCAUGCCGAACGGACCUCACGCUCCCUCUGGAUUCGAUGGCCCCCCAAGCUUUCCGUCCUCACCCUCCAGCUCGACGUCUGAUGCAGCACUAGAUGGACGCGGAGGCCUGGAGGCAUUCCAACGAGCGCUCCACGCUCCGCCCAUGCCCUCGAGCUCUGAUGCCGCUAGUGAAGCACCGUUGGCCAUGCCAACGUUUCCACAGCCUCAACAUGCGGCGCCGGCGUCAUGGGGAUCUCGUAAGUCCUUGGCAUGGGUGGAUCGCCGAAUGCUGACCUCAUUAUGCGGUAGUCAAUCCCUAUGCAGCCUUGUUGGCGAGCAAGGCCGAGGCAGCCUCUAA